GGCGAGGCACGGCGGGGCAGCGGCGGGGCCCCGGCGGGGCUGAGCCGGGACGGAGCGCCCGAAGCAGCAGCAGCAGCAGCAGCAGCAGCACAAGCCGCCCCGCAGCCAUGGCCCGGCUCGCGGACUACUUCGUGGUGGUCUCCUUCGCCCCGGGCAAGCGCGGGAGCGGAGAUGGUCAGGGGCAAAUACUUCAACGCUUUCCAGAGAAGGACUGGGAGGACAACCCUUUUCCACAGGGCAUUGAACUGUUUUGCCAGCCAAGCGGAUGGCAGCUUUUCAACGAGAGGAACCCUCCGACCUUCUUCAUUGCUGUCCUGACUGACAUCAACUCGGAGCGACAUUACUGCGCCUGCUUCACCUUCUGGGAGGCCGUUGAGAGUGCCCAGCUUCAGCACCGUUUGAGGAAGGACGAGGAGGAGGAGGAGGAGGAGGAGAUGGUGACCGCUCUCAUCCAGCCAGCGCAGCUCUUUGCCCCCAAGAGUUUGGUGCUUGUGUCUCGAUUGGACCAUGCCGAGGUUUUCCGGAACUGCCUGGGGCUGAUUUAUACCAUCUACGUGGACGGACUGGGCACCUCCCUGGAGACUGUCAUUGGGAACCUCCUGACCUGCACUAUCCCCAUCACUGGGGGCGCCCAGAGGACCAUCUCUCUGGGCGCGGGCGACAGGCAGGUGAUCCAGACGCCCAUCAAUGACUCCCUUCCCAUCAGCAACUGCAGCGUGGCGCUUCUCUUCCGACAGCUCGGGAUCACCAAUGUGCUGUGUCUCUUUUGUGCGGCCCUCACCGAGCACAAGAUCCUGUUUCUGUCCAGCAGCUACCAGAGACUGACGGAUGCCUGCCGGGGCCUGCUUGCCCUCCUGUUUCCCUUGAAGUACAGCUUCACUUACGUGCCCAUCCUGCCAGCUCAGCUCCUGGAAGUCCUCAGCACACCUACACCUUUCAUCAUUGGCGUCAGCUCCACUUUCCAGUCAGAGACGCAGGAGCUGCUGGAUGUGAUCGUGGCGGAUCUGGACGGUGGGACGGUCACCAUCCCUGAGUGCAUCCAUAUCUCUCUGCUGCCUGAACCACUUCUUCAUCAGACACGCGAAGCCCUCUCCAUGGUCUUGGACCCAGAGUUGGAGAUCGCAGACCUGGCCUUCCCCCCGUCCACCAUCUCGGCUUCCUCCCUCAAGAUGCAGGACAAGGAGAUCCGGGCUGUCUUCCUCCGCUUAUUUGCCCAGUUGCUCCAGGGCUACCGCUGGUGCCUGCACAUCAUCCGCAUCCACCCGGAGCCAGUCAUUCGCUUCCACAAGGCAGCCUUCCUUGGGCAGCGGGGACUGGUGGAAGACGACUUCCUUCCCAAGGUGUUGGAGGGCAUGGCCUUCGCCGGCUUCGUGACGGAGAGGGGGGCCCCGUACCGGGACACUGACCUGUUCGAUGAGCUGGUGGCCAAUGAAGCAAGGCGGAUGCAGGCCGAGGAAGGCAGCAAGGCCCGGGUUCUGCGCCACAUCAAGGAACUUGCGGAGCAGCUGUACAAGAACGAGAACCCCUACCCUGCCGUGACCAUGCACAAAGUGCAGAAGCCCACCGAAGGCUGCCACCUGCGCCUGCACCAGAGGCCUUUCCCCCGCUUGGACGAGGGGACCAUCCAGUGGAUCGUUGACCAAGCCACAGCCAAACUGCAGACGGCCCCCCCUGCUGUAAAGGCGGAAAAGAAAUGCAUGGUGCCAUCGGGGCCUCCCCUGGGGGUUCUCAUGGAACGCCACGGCGUUGUGUUGGCCAACAGCGCCCGCCGGCUGGAGGUGGUCCGGAACUGCAUCUCCUACGUCUUUGAGAGCAAGAUGCUGGAGGCCAAAAAGCUGCUCCCCGCCGUGCUGCGAGCCAUGAAGAGCCGGGCUGCUCGGCACUGCCUGACGCAGGAGCUGAACCUCCACGUGCAGCAGAACAGGGCCAUGCUGGACCACCAGCAGUUCGACUUCAUUGUGCGCAUGAUGAACUGCUGCUUGCAGGACUGCAGUGCCACAGACGAGCACGGGGUCGCAGCAGCGCUUCUGCCGUUGGUCACCGCCUUCUGCCGUAAACUCAGCCCCGGCAUCACCCAGUUUGCCUACAGCUGCGUGCAGGAACACCUGGUGUGGACCAACCUCCAGUUCUGGGAGGCGAUGUUCUACUGCGACGUGCAGAACCACAUCCGGGCCCUGUACCUGGAGGGCAAUGAGGAGAACCACGUGGGGGAGCAGGUGGGUGAGGAGGCACCAGCAGGGCAGGAGGAGGAAGAGGAGGAGUCAGUCCUGGAGAUUGCGGCUGGGCAGUGCCGCCUGUGGCCCACCAUGAGCCGCGAGAAGCAGCAGGAGCUGAUCCAGAAGGAGGAGAGCACCGUCUUCAGCCAAGCGAUCCACUACGCCAACCGCAUGAGCUACCUCCUGCUGCCCCUGGACACCAGCAAGAACCGGCUCCUGCGGGGUUCUGGCCUCGGGGACGCGGAGAGCGUCAGCAAUAGCUUCAUCACAAACAGUAUUGCCGGUAGCGUGGCGGACAGCUAUGACACCGAGAGCGGCUUUGAGGAGGCCGAAAGCUCUGACGUGGCCAACUACGUGGUCCGCUUCAUCAACCGCUUCGUGGACAAGGUCUGCACAGAGAGUGGCGUCACCAACGAGCACCUCAAGGGGCUGCAUUUCAUGAUCCCGGACAUUGUCCAGAUGCACAUUGAGACCCUGGACGCCGUGCACAGGGAGAGCAAGAGGCUGCCUCCGAUCCAGAAGCCCAAGCUUCUCCGGCCCAGCCUGCUGCUGGGUGAAGAGGGCGUGAUGGACGGGCUGCGCGUCUACCUCAUGCCAGACGGCAGGGAAGAAGCGGCGGGGGGCAACAUUGGCGGCCCUCCUCUGCUCCCGGCGGAAGGCGCUGUCUUCCUCACCACCUACCGCGUCAUCUUCAAGGGCACCCCGACGGACCCGUUGGUGGGGGAGCAGGUGGUGGUCCGCUCCUUCCCCAUCGCUUCCCUGACCAAAGAGGAGAAGAUCACAGUCCAGGCGCAGGUAGAUCAGUUCAUCCAGGAGGGCUGUGCUCAGCUCCAGCUCCGCUCCUGCACAUUCCAGCUGCUGCGCAUUGCCUUUGAUGAAGAAGUGGCCUCGGAGAGUGCAGAGACCUUCCGGAAACACCUGAACAAGCUGCGCUACCCCCAGCACGUGUCCGACACCUUCGCCUUCACCGCCGGCCAGUCCAGCCGGCCCAAAGCCCUGCAGCCCAAAGCAAAGGAGAAGAACCCAUCGCUCAGGACCAUCUCCAAGAACCUGGUGAAGAAUGCCAAGAAGACGAUUGGCCGCCAGUACGUGACACGCAGGAAAUACACGCCCCCUCCCUGGGAGCACCGUGGCAGCCAGCAGCACGUCCCGGAGGACGAGGACGAGAUCUCAGUGUCCGAAGAUGUAGACAGAAGCACCUUGACCCCGUCCGCUGCCAUCCGGCCCGCAGACAAGAUGACCAUGAGCCAUCUGGUGGAACGGGCCUGUUGCCGGGAUUACCAGCGCCUGGGCCUGGGCACGCUGAGCAACAGCCUGACCCGUUCCAAGAAUGAGCCCUUCCGCAUCUCCACCGUCAACCGGAUGUACGCCAUCUGCCGGAGCUACCCUGGGCUGCUCAUCGUCCCGCAGAGCAUCCAAGACAACACCAUUCAGCGGAUCUCGCGCUGCUACCGCCAGAACCGCUUCCCCGUCGUCUGCUGGCGGAACUCACGCACCAAGGCAGUCCUUCUGCGCUCGGGUGGCCUGCACGGCAAGGGCGUGGUGGGCCUCUUCAAGUCUCAAAACGCUCCUGCCGCUGGAGGCCCCUCCCAAGCGGAUUCCACCAGCCUGGAGCAAGAGAAGUACCUGCAGGCGGUCAUCAACUCCAUGCCCCACUACGCGGAUGCCAGUGGCCGGAACACCCUCAGCGGCUUCACCUCCGCCCACAUGAGCAGCUCAGAUUCUUCUGAGAAGCGGCAGCCCAAGCUGGGAUCUCUUAUGAAGCAGGUGAUGGGAGGGAAGGACGAAGGGGCCGGCCCUGUGAGCCGUGGAGCCCUAGGUCACAGAGCUAGGGUAAUCACCCUCUCCAGCCCCAAGAGCGUGGCAGCAAAGGGAUGGGACUCCCCCCGAGGCAAAUGGGGCAGCAUCCGAGCCAGCGGGCGCAUGAGCAGCUAUGCUCUCAAUAUGGACAUUGGCUCCCGGCUGGCGGGGAAGGAGCUGCUGAGCGCGCAGCCCAAUGGCUCCCUGUCUGAGGCCAGCUUCUUGCGCCAACACCGUGCGUCACUCUACAUCAUUGGCGACAAGUCUCAGCUCAGGGGAGUGAAGCCGGACCCUCUGCAGCACUGGGAGCUGGUGCCCAUCGAGGUGUUUGACGCCCGGCAGGUCAAGACCAGCUUCAAGAAGCUGAUGAAGGCCUGUGUGCCCAGCAACCCCUCCACAGAGCCUGGCCUGACGUACCUCCGCUCCCUCGAAGAGUCUGAAUGGCUGACACAGAUCCAUAAGAUCCUGCAGAUGUCCGUGCUGGUGGUGGAGCUGCUGGACACGGGCUCCUCCGUGCUGGUCAGCCUGGAGGAUGGCUGGGACAUCACCACCCAGGUCGUGUCGCUCGUGCAGCUGCUGUCCGACCCCUACUACCGCACGGUGGAGGGCUUCCGGCUCCUCGUGGAGAAGGAGUGGCUGUCGUUUGGGCACCGCUUCAGCCACCGGGGCGCCCAGGCCUUGGCCAGCCAGAGCAGCGGCUUCGCGCCCGUCUUCUUGCAGUUCCUCGACUGCGUCCACCAGAUCCACUCACAGUUCCCCAUGGAGUUUGAAUUUAGCCAGUACUACCUGAAGUUCCUCGGCUACCACUACGUGUCCAAUCGCUUCCGGACAUUCCUGCUGGACUCUGACUACGAGCGACUAGAGCUGGGCCUCCUGUACGAGGAGAAGGCCGAGCGGAAGGCCCCCCCGCUCUUCCGAUCCAUCUGGGACUACAUGGACCGCCUGAACAAGAAGACGCCGGCCUUCUUCAACUACAUGUACGCCCCCGAGGACGGGGAGGUGCUGCGUCCCUACAGCAACAUCUCCAACCUGAAGGUGUGGGACUAUUACACGCAAGAGACCCUGUCCGAGGGCCCCUCCUACGACUGGGAGCUGGUGCAGGGCCAAGUGGAGUCCCUGGAGGGGGACGGCCAGCAGGACACGGGCGCCCCACAGAGCCGGCGCAGGAUCGUCUGGCCCUGCUAUGACAACCGCAGCCGCACGGAGCCGGACGCCAUCUCCCGGCUGCUGGAGGAGCUGCAAAACCUGGAGAUGGAGCUGGGGCAGGUUCCGGAACGCUGGAAGGAGACAUGGGACAAGGCGAAGGCCUCCCAGCGGUCGGAGGCCCAGGCAGACCACGGCGGCAGAGUGGCGGCCAGCUCUUUGCUGAUGGCAUCCAGCCUGUCCCACCAGCGGCGCUCCCUGGGCGUCUACCUGCAGGAGGGGGGCGGUGGCAGCUCCACCAUCAAUCUGGGCCUGGACAGCGACGCCAGCAGAGCCUCCACGCCCUCCAGUGGGAAGCAAGGGGGCCGCAAAAGUACCAGCACCCUCUACAGCCAGUUCCAGCCAGCCGAAAGCGAGAACCGCUCAUAUGAGGGGUCUCUUUAUAAGAAGGGAGCCUUCAUGAAGCCCUGGAAGCCACGUUGGUUUGUGCUGGAUAAGACCAAGCACCAGCUGCGGUACUACGACAGCCGCCUGGACACGGAGUGCAAAGGGGUCAUUGACCUGGCCGAGGUCGAGUCCAUCACUCCGGGCACCCCCACCAUGGGCGCUCCCAAGACGGUGGAUGAAAAGGCCUUCUUUGACGUGAAGACGACGAAGCGUGUUUACAACUUCUGUGCCCAGGACGUGCAGCUGGCCCAGCAGUGGGUUGACCGCAUCCAGAGCUGCUUGUCGGAUGCGUGAGGCGGCCGCCAAGGCUGCCCUUCUGGGCCUCCGCAAGCAGAGCAGGGCUGUGCCUGUGCCGCGCCGUGCCAGAAGGAGGCGCACGCUGGGGGUGUGAGGUGUGGUGGGACGGACUCCCUUCCCUGUGACCUCCGCCUGGCUUCCCAAGGUGUUCUGCAAACCGUGCUCGGCAGGGAAAGUCGCAGCCUGCCUACUGUUAUGUCUUGCCAGGGCAGCUCAGGCUCGGUUGACGGAGCAAAGUGAUUAGGAGGAGCCCCAAACGGGUCUGGGUCUGGCCUGCGCUCUGUUCUUCCCUAAGCAUAGGCGUAGCCGGAAGACCUCCGUGUUGCCGCCUCUGGCUGUUCUCCUGACCGAGAGCGCCGUCGGCUCCGCCAGGGAAGGCGGCAGAAGCUCAGCUGUGUCCUUGGCGUUGCAAACAGUAUUACCGCCUUCAAGCCCGGGGUCUAGCAGGCGAGGGCGCUGUGGCCUCUGAGCCAGGGGCUCUGGGGAGAGGGGGGGGGGCGCCUCGUUGGCCCUCCUGGCCUCUGCCCUCUGGUCUCAUACGGUUGUCUGAGGGCUGGCUAGGGGCACUCUGUCCUGGGCAGGAAGCCCAGAGCCAGGUUGGGGGAGGGGGGAGGGGCUUGCCCGGCUGCCACCUCCUGUGGCGUCAUCGGAGAUGGUCAUGUGCUUGGGAAUGAUUUCUCGGACGCAGCUAAUGACCCCGAAGCUAAGCCUCCCGCCCCCCAUCCCAAAGCAAAUCAUGUGACCUGCUCUCCUCACAGGUCAGACGGUGGCCAACUUCCACUGGAGCCCAAGUCUGGUCUGACAGCCUCCCCAGCUAUCACCCCCCCCACCCCCUUUUAAAGGCGUAAGGAGUGUUAUUUCAAGCCCUGAGACAUUGUAAAUAGCCUGGAGCACAACUCUCCCCCCCCCCCCCCCCAUUUUUUAUUUGUACAAUAACGGCUGUGGCUGGUGUGAAUUGGAGGGUUUUGUAACUUCCUUAAGCAGUUGUAGAUUAUUGAAGUUUCUGUACAUUGUGUCAAAGCUACAGAGUCCUUGUAUUGUAUUGUGCCUAGAGGAAAAAAUAUAUGAAGAGAAAAACUAAUUGAAUUUAAUAAUAAAAAACAACACCAACACCCA